GAGAUCCUCCGCUACCUCCUCCGAGUCACUCCUGUAGUCACCGAGGAGUACCUCACAUUCUGUCACACACUCGUGGGCUGUUCUCUCAGAGACACAGCGUCUGGAGAGGUGGUCAAGGUGUUGUCUUUCGAGCUUCUGCUCACCGACUGUCCUGU